AUCGCAACCCAGCAGGUUAUCUUGAUCGUUUCCACCGGUUGUUUUACUGCUGGGUCGCGUCCUGUCCCGUGGGCGGUGAGCCGGUGACGCCCCUGGCUUAUCCCUCCCGCCUUCCGCCCCUUCCAGAACAGAGAAGUCCUCCGGCCUUCGUCGCUGACGCGCUCUCGCGUCGCGCGCUAUAUAACCGGCAGCCCCGCGGCCUUCCGUCGCCACGGUUGCAGAGCCAGAGCAAGACGCGACUGCUUUUGCUUCAUCAGUAGCGAGCCUACGCGUUGCCGCCCAUCACUUUCUUGGUCGUGUCUCAUCGAUCGGGCUGAGCUAGCUCCCGGCAGCGGAAGGGCAGGAAGAGGACGAGGAUGAGCUCGGUGUGCGCGAGGCCCGUGGGCGCGGGGUGCUACUUCGUCGGCGGGGCCAGGGGCCAGCGGCGGACGCGGGUGCGGGUGGCGGCCGCGGCGGCAGCGGCGGUGGCCGCGCCGGCGUCGAGGGCGGCGACGAUGUACGAGGUGCUGGCGGUGGAGGAGACGGCGGGGCCCGCGGAGAUCAAGGCGGCGUACCGGCGCGAGGCGCGGCGGUGGCACCCGGACGCGUGCCCCGGCGGCGCCGACCGCUUCAUGGCGGCGCGGGAGGCCUACGAGGUGCUGUCCGACCCGGAGCGCAGGCGCGGCUACGACAUCCAGCUCCGCUGCGGCGGGUUCGGUGGCGCCGGCGACUCUGGCUACCGCGCGGCGCGGCGCGCGGGGUUCGCCGACUGGGAGGCGCAGCUGGCCGGGCUGCAGUGGCGCGCGGCGGAGCGGCGCGGCCGCGCGGGCGGGGAGACGUGGGGUAGCAGGAUGCGCCGGGCCGCCGCGUAGCAGUCCCGGUGGGUGGGUGGCGUCGGAGGUGGCUGCUGAUUUAGUUUUACCCUCCUCUUUCUUCUUUUCUUUCCCGCUUCUACAGCGUUCGCGCUGUUUGUAGUGUACAGGAGCUCUCGCAGUAAAUAUUAUGGUGUACAUAAUAGUGAAGUAAACAUUUUCUCAGACCCUUUCAGGUGCAGUACGAUCAAA